UAGUAAUGCUCUACAACAUUUUGCCACCUAUUCGAUCAACUCUGAUGUAUUUGAAUCGCGAUAAGAAUAGCUCUGAACCGCUGAGCUUCAUCACUCACAUGGAACAAGAAUUCUACGGAUUGGAUAUACACUCGAACAUCUUGCACUAUUGGUUUUUUUCAACCUGUGCGAUGAGUUCGUACGUUGUGUCAACUAGCAGUAUGGUAGUUCAAGCCACUCUUCUGUACAGCGCCUGUAACAACUGUUACAGCCUGUUCAAGGUAGUAGCGAUCCGGCUUAAAGGACUAUCUGCCUUAGCUCCGGAAGCAGUUCAAUACGAACUAGGAGACAUCGUUAGCAUGCAUGUAGACGCACUACGCUGCAUUGAACUACUGGAAAAGAUCGUCAACCUGUCGGCCUUAGUUCAAGUUAUUUGCUGCUCUCUGACAUGGUGCUUGAUGGCUGUUUAUUUGACUAACAACUUGGAUGAAACGGCAAUCAACGUAACGAUGUGUUUUGCUGUAGCUACCUUUGACACUGUCGGCAUGUCUAUUUUAGGAGAACAACUGGCUAGGAGUAGUACCGUCGUGACCGAUGCCAUCUGCAACUUUUUGUGGUACGAAGCUGACCUGAAUGUCCGAAGAUCUUUGCUUAGAAUGCUUCAGAGGGCUCAGAAACCGGUCGGAUUUUCUGCAGCAGGGUUCUACUUCAUCAACAUCGAACGAUUUGGAAAAAUGGCCCAGACAUCCUACUCGGUCUAUGUGGUUAUGAAAGAUUCACUCUAAGCGAAUCACGUUACAGGGGACACAAAAAAGUAACAA